AUGACUAAAUCUGUUUGGACUACAACAGGUUAUGGCGAUUUAAAAAAUUUAUCACGUAGUAUCAAACUUCAUGAAUUUGCCAAAGAACAUAUUCAUUGUAUGUUAGGAUUAAAACAUCUAGAAAAUAAUAGGGUAACUAUAGCAGACGCUUUGACCGAACAUGGUUAUUUGUUUAAAAAAAAAUAUAAUGAAAAUGUACAGCUUAACCGACUUUUUAUGGAACAUCUAAUUGAUAUUGUGUUAUUUUUGGGUAGACAGGAACUGGCUUUUCGAGGUCAUAACGAAAGUUCAAGUUCCUUGAAUAAAGGAAAUUUUAAAGAACUUUUUGAUAUGAAUAUUAUUAGGUGUUCGUUGGAGAUUCAAAACCAUUAUAAGGCAAUAAAAAAUAUAUUUUCAGGAUUGUCAAAUACAAUACAUAAUGACUUAAUAACAUGUGUUUCCGAUCACAUAAAUAAUAUGGUAAAAACUGAAAUCAAAGAGUGUAUGUUUUAUUCUGUCCAAGUUGAUGAUACGACGGAUAUUUCGCAAAGAACACAAUGUUCAAUUAUACUAAGAUAUAUAACAAGUAAAUCUGUAUUGGUAGAAAGGUUUCUUGGUUUCUAUAAUGUUAGUGAGGAUCGUACUGCCGAGGGUCUCUUCAACACGUUAAAUUCUGUAUUCUUAGAAUUUGAUAUGGAAAAAAGUUAA